UGCACACCAGGUAGUACACCAACUAGAAUAGGUGCUCUAGUGCUUCGAUAACGAGUGAAGAAAAAAAAAGAAAAGGCAAAGAGAGAGAAAUAGAGAAAGAGAGAGAGUGUUUGUCGUAAUAUACGCGUUGUCUACUAAAAUCCCUAAUAUUUUCAAUCAAUAAUUUGGAAUUCAUCAUCAUCAUCAUCAUCCAAGAUGACCACUUGUUCGACGAUACUUUCUUUCAUUUUGUUUGCAUCGAUAACGAUAGUUCUGGUGGAGUCCCGAGCGAUACCUGCCGAGCCUGUUUCACUUAUGAUGGACGCCUAUGGGAACCCGGUAUUAUUCGUAAGAGAGAAAAGGACACCGAUAACACCCUAUCCCCAAAGAGCAAUGAUGUUCACCGGAUAUUACAGGCCAGUACGCCGUUCCAAUAACGGUGGUCAAGCAGGUGGUGUUUUUGCCCAAGGAAAUGCCGUCAGUGGGGAAGCUUUUUUCGGUGGCAUGCAAUCACCCAAUUUUAAAACUGGUCCUGAACCUAUCGAGGAACCGGAAGUGUCCAGUGCCGAGGCACAAGCUGCUCCAGAACCGGAAGAACCUUUGCCUGAGAAUGAUCAAGAGAUACCAGUACAAAAUGACGAUAGAUAUGUAUCAGAGGAUCAACAUCACGAUCAAGAGGAACAUGGUAUUCAAGCUAACGAACAGGAAUUAAACGUUUCGAAACCCGAAAUUGAAACACCUGUAUCAGCUGAAGAAUCAAUAGCACCGUCUACCGAAACAACGUUGAGUAAUCGUCCGAAAACAAGUUCCGGAAAGAAACAUAAAAAAAUACCAGUGGUCCCAGUGGAAGAUGACGAAGAAGAGGAUGAAGUAGAUGACGAAGAUGACGAUCCCGUUGUACCCUUCAUACCUUUUAAGAGCAAUCGUCGUCGUCAAGGUUAUCCAAACUUAAACAAUUUUUUCCCAAUGGUCUUUAGCUUCCCCGGUGCAUCCACUCGUGCAGGAACACCUGGAUCACCACCUGGAACGAUCACUGCCAUUGCUAACAGUUAUUCCACUGGUAAGAGUGGUGUUGCCAGUUCUAUAGCGACGGCAUAUGGUGGAUCACCGAAUGGUAAAAAACGACGUACAUCACCCGCGGAAGAAUAAAUCUUGAAACAUUUACAAGGAGGUCGAUCAAUCAAAAAGCACAUAAAAAAAAAAAUAAAGAUCGUUGUCCUCGAGACUUAAUUUUUAAUGUUUAGGAAAGGAAAAAUGGCGACACACGUUUGAAUUUAAUACCACCCCCCCCCCCAUAGUAUCUCACUGUUGUUGAUUUUUGUACCCAAAAAAAAAAUCAACUUUAAAGAAAGAUAUAAAAUUGUUUAUACAUGCUUGAUCGAGAAAAAGAAUAUCGUGAUAAUUGUUCCUAAUGAUCAAAAAUUGCCAUUCCUAUCAUUUUGUUUAAAACAAAAUGUUGUGUUCAUAAACAAUAAUAAGAAAAUAUAAUAUCAAACGUAUCGACCAUUGCAACAUCCACCGAACAUGAAAAGCAAAACUCAACGAAAAUUAUUCGUUUUGCCGAUUAACCAACCAGACCACCGUCACCCCCAAAACUUAUAUCUGAUGGAAUUCGGCAAAACGCGUGAUAUUCAUUUUGCAUGUAACGUAAUAAUCGUCUGUAAUUGUUAAUCUAAGCAAACGAAUUUUAAUGCGUGUGUAUCUUAGAAAUAGAAUAAGGACAAAACUUUCGUCGAAUAAAUCUUGU